GAAAUAAAUAGAAGCCUCUUGCCUACCAAAGGUCCAUUCAACAAGAAUUAAGGACUGCUUCCAUUCUGGAAGAGUGGAGCUGACAACUAAAGCCAAAAUGCAAUCUCACCGUCUUAUCAUCCUUUGGGUGCUGUUUCUUGCCUGUCAUAUAACUGUUGCCAAUAUCUUUGACCCUACAAUUAGCUUAUCCUGCAAGUGUUCAAGAGUGACGUACCGAUUCAUCCAUCCUAACAAAUAUGCAAGAGUGGAAAUCUUUCCUGCUGGAAUCACCUGCAAGAACAUGGAAAUAAUAAUCACGCUGAAGAGAGGAAACAACAAAGUGUGUAUUGAUCCUCAGUCUAGAUGGGUGAAGAAUUUAGUGAAGGUGAUGGAAAACACGAAUGAAGCUUCUUCUUGAAAUGCACCAAGGUCUGAGAUGUUCCAGGAAGCAUAGAUAACUCACAAAUCCCAAAUGUGAAAUGCAAUUUCUUCCUUCCUUUUUGCUUUUUUCAUUAAUUCUGCCUUGGAGAACAAUGCUACUGAUCACGUAACUGUUUCAGCGUCCAUUAGAACCCAGUUAGGCUGUGCUUGCCCUGCUGAAAAUCUGCAAUUCCAAUGCAUCUUCUCAUACCAUGUGUGCCUAUGCCCAAUAUGUAUCUCAUCCUAAGGUCAAUCAUUAAACAAUUCUCCAUAUUAGGGCUGCAAAAGACAUCUGUUUGCCCCUGUAACUGUGGAAACAGUAGUGCAAAUACAAUUUCAUGAGGACAUUUCUUCUAGCCUGCUCUGCUCACCCAUAGGUCUAAAAUGCUGAAAGGAAGAGAGAGAGAGAGAGAGAAUGCCAUUAUAAAGCCUCAGCAGUGCAGCCCCGUUUUAAGGCAAGGGCUGGGUCUUGGAAACUUUUCCAAAACUCAGACUUGCCUUCCAUGUAUUUUCCUUAUCAAACAAGAGGAAAAAGAGAGGCCAGAGUACAGUCAUUCCUCUGUAUCCACAGAUUUUUUUAUUCACCAGUUCAAGAAUCCAUAGGUUGAAAAUAUUUUUAAUAAGUAUAAAUUGCCAAUAGCAAAUCUUGAUUUUGCCAUUUUAUAUAAGAGACACCAUUUUACUAUGCCAUUGUAUUUAAUGGGACUUGAGUAUCAAUGGGUUUAGUUAUCCACAGGAGGGUCCUGGAACCAAACCCCAGCCAGUAGAUACCAAGGGCCCACUUGGUAUUCCCAAGUGACACUAGGCAUCUGUUUGCACACACAUUCUGGUAUGCUUCUUGGUGCCAACACUGCUGACACCAGUCACUCCCUCUGAGAUCAGAAUAAGGGACCCAAGGUCAAUCACAUGGCUGGAGUUUUGUUCUGGCUUCAGAGGGAGCGAUUCAUGCCGGUGUCAACAUAGCAGGAUGAAUGUGCAAACAGCCACCCAGUGUCACUCUGGAGGACUUGGAAUUUUCUUGGAAAAUCUGGAGCAAAUGGUGAGUUUAUUUAAGUGGUUUUAAGGGAUAUGGUGGCUCAAGUGGUUAAGAUGCUGACUCUGUUGAUUGCAAGAUUGGCAGGUUGACAGUUCGAGGCCUGGGUGCCACACGAUGGGGAGAGCUCCCAUCACUAGUCCCAUCUUCUACCAACCUAGCAGUUCGAAAGCAUGCAAGUGCAAGUAGAUAAAUAGGUAUCACUCUGGUGAGGAAUUAAACAGCAUUCUGUGCAAUCAUGCUGGCCAAAUGAUUAGAGUCAUCCCUGAACAGAGCGCAGUUUUCUUGCCUUAAACAGAGUACAGAAACACCAUUCCUUUGGAUCAUACCUUCCAGAAUGCCCCAUCCAGCAAGAAACAAAAACAAUAUGGCAACCUCUUUCCUAUUCUGUGUACAAAAACAGCUGCACUGGCACUUGAAUCUUUCUUCAUGAUGGAGGGCAUCUUCCAUCAUAGCUGAAAGCCACAGGGUAGUUCAGGGAGAUGUUCAAGUAAGAGGUGUAGCUAUGGGGGUGUGCAUGCCAAAUGAUGACAUUUCUGUCCCCUAAAUGAAAAUUUCUUUCAUUCCCCGAAUUUCUAGGAUUGCCAUGAGUGACACACUGAAAAUGGUUCACAGCUAGAACGCUUCUCUUUGCUGUGCUCACAUUCCCUUGGGAACUUUGUGUUCCCCCUUUCUUUGGUGCCUGAACUCUAUUGUUUAAAGAGUUUUAAGUUACUACAAUUCUGGAAAUUUGGAGACUGAAUGACAAUUUCAUUUGCAAAGGCGCUAUUCUUAUAUGGGGAGGCAAUGCCCUCAUCCUGUCCCUUUAGCUACACCUCUGGGUUCAAGAAAAAACUGUUUGGCACACGCCUCUCUCCAAAUCUUGGUGCUGCCUCCCAGCAUCUGUGCCACCUGAGGAAAGCAGUUCACUCCAUCUGACUGUAGGGUCGGCACUCUUGAAAAAUUGCUGGGAUAAAGGAAGUAUCAAGGAGGAAAGUUCAGAUGCAGUUUAGCAUGCCCUGCAUAUCUACAUUCUCUUAUAUCUAUUUGGCAUUCUAAAACAUAGAUCUCUCGGCUGUAAGACUGUGAUAGGAAAGGUUAUUUUGCAUCGUUUAGUAAGACAAAUAAUUGCUUUCUAGAAGAAAUAUUUAAAAUCUCUUUUAAGUAUUGCAAGAACAGGGAUUGAAAAAAUUAAACUAAUGAACAACAAUCUCUUGUGAUAAAUGAUUUCUUAAAAAAAGACCUACGCUAUUGUAUUUUAUUCUUGGCUCUUAUAUUCUCUCUGUGAAACCUUAAAAAUGUGAACAAAAUCAAAUGUGAUGCUAAACUGUUUUGUGGGUUUUUUUUUGUAAAUUUCUGUAAUAAAAUUGAA